GUUAGCGCAGAGGGGUGUUGUACAUUCACUGUCAUAUAAAAGGCACGCGUGGAGAGUAAAGUGCAUAGAACCAUCUGAACGAUACGGCGAGGAUAGCUGCUACUCAUCAUGGCUUCCUGUUUCGCCCUCGGCUGUUUCCUGUUGGCUAGCAUUGGCAUCAGCUCCGCAACAUUCGGUGGACAUGAACACGUUCACAUCCGAGUUCACAUACCAGACGACCACCAUUCAUCAAAAGAAGUAGUUGUUCAUGAUCACCACGAUGACCACGGCGGUGGCGGCUUCGCCGAACAUUUGCAUGGCGGUUUCGUUGACCACUUGAAAGGUCACGACCACGGACACGGCGGCGGUGGAUUCGGCGGAGGAUUUGGUGGAGGCUAUGGAGGCCACGAUGUAGGUGGCGGACAUGGAUAUGAUUUGGGAGGUGGUCAUGACAGCGGUCAUGGAGGUUUCGGCGGUGGACACGGUCACGACUUAGGAGGUGGCCACGGAGGAUACGACCUGGGUGGCCACGGCGGAGGUUUCGGCGGUGGACAUGAUAUUGGAGGUCACGGCGGAGGUUUCGGCGGUGGACAUGAUAUUGGUGGUCACGGAGGUGGAUUUGGAGGUGGAUAUGGAGGUGGUCACGAUCUGGGUGGUUAUGCUGGUAGUUUUGGCGGUGGUCAUGGAGGCGGUCAUGAUAUCGGCGGCGGGUUUGGCGGUGGUCACGGAAGCGGUCACGAUAUCGGCGGUGGUCACGGCGGUGGAUUUGGAGGCGGCCACGGUAGCGGUCACGAUCUAGGUGGUUAUGGAGGCGGUUUUGGUGGUGGUCACGGAGGUCAUGAUCUUGGUGGUCAUGGAGGCGGUUUUGGCGGUGGUCACGAUAUAGGAGGUGACCAUGGUGGAUACGAUCUAGGUCACGGUAUCGGCGGUGGACACGGAGGAUUCAGCGCCAGCGUUGGAGGCCACGGUGGAUUUGGUGGCGACCACGGUCACGGCGGUGGCUUCAGCGGCGGUAACAGCUUAGACAUCGGUGGCGGAGGAUACGGUCAUGAUGAUCAUGGGAGUAGUUACUCCAGCCAUGGAUCUGGUCAGGAUAGUUACACUGUCGCAUUAGCUGGAAGUCAUGGCUCCGGCGGUUUAGGCGACUUCGGUGGUCAUGACAGUUAUUCGAGUGGAGGUGGCGGCCAUGGAGGAGAUAGCUACAGCCUCGGCCACGGUUCUGGAGGAUUCGGUCAUGGUGACUACAGUGUAGGUGCUGGCGGUGGACACGGAGGCUCUAUUGGAGGAAGCGAUUUUGGGGGCCAUGGUCAUGGUUCGGGAGGUCAUGGUUUUGGAGACAGCUACACAAACGCUAUUAGCGCAGGCCACGGAGGCGGUCCAUAUCACAAGAGAAAAUAAUUUCAAAAUCCACUAAGUCAUAGCUUCCCUGAAGCCUAUCCAGUAUUAAGGACUGAUGUCAAUGUAAAUAUAAGUAGGUUUAGAAAUAAGUUAUUGUCAUGUUAUGUUUGGGAGUAAAUUGUUAUUACUAUUA